AAAGGAACUAUUAGCGCGAAAAAAAAAAUCCCCACACUCCUCCGUUAUAGCGGCGAAUGAUCAAAUGAAAACAGUUUUGCAUGUUUUCUAAAUAAAAACAAAGAUUCACACGAUAACGCAACGAUCAUGGAUACUUCAUCAGUAAAGGGUUAGAUGAGACCUUCAGAGUCAAUCAUGACAGGAAGCAUUUCCACUACAGUCCUUAAAGAUGUGGUGGCGUAUGUUGACGUGUGGUCUGCCAGCAAGAUGGAGGAUUACUCCAAUCCAUUCAUCCAGCAGCUGCAGGACAUGGGUGCAGAGGUAUCUAAGACGCUCAACAAACAAGUGACCCACGUAGUCUUUAAACAUGGCCGCCCAUCCACAUGGAAGAAAGCCCAGAAAAUGGGUGUGAGGAUUGUGUCCGUCCAGUGGGUGGCAAGAUGCAAAGAAAGUGGAGAACAUGUAGAUGAAGAUCUUUUCCCUGCUCAGAAUGAAGUGUCCAAACAGCAUUUUCUGAAUAAAAGAACACACCGUUGCAUGCAGCCAAGAGAUAUUCCUGCAAAAACCCCUGAGAAUGACAGACGGAUGAAAAGAAAACUAGACAAGAUGAUGGAAGGCCUGAUCUCCUCAUCCCCUGUCGUUUCUGACACGUCACCGUUCAUUAUUGAUGAGGAGAACGGAAUAUUGUACAGUCCCUCUUUAAAGCGCUCUGACAGCAUGGCUCAGCGUCUGAGAGAAAUGAGAGCUCAACGUGAACAUCUCUCACCCACUGCCUCACAGAUGCAGGACAGCGGCUCAGGAUCUGAUGUGUCUUUGAGACCUUCUCUGGGUGCCUCACCAACUCUCUCUUUCUUGCAACAGUUAGAGGAUGAGCCUUUGGAAGAGCAUUUGGAUUGUUUCUCAACUUCUCAUUAUCACUCCUCAAAGAACAAAGAUGAAAGGGAGAACCAGAACUGGAAUAAAGAGAGAACAGCGAAAAUAGCUAGUAAACAAAUUAACCAGACACCUGAAUCAAACACAUUGGCCAUGUGUACUCUGUCCAGUGUUGAAAGAAAUCCUAAAGUCCUAUCGUUAUCUACAAAACGAUCAAGAAGAUCCUCUGUGAACAAUACUGGAGGAAAGAAGCAGGCCACUUUAGAGAGUUUUGUUCAUAAAACAUCUUCUGAAUGCGAACAAAACUCAGACCUCAAAUCUCAAUCUGAAACUGAAAAUACUGAAAGAUCCAGAGGGUCAUCUGGUGGUCCUGAAAGACCUGAAAGUUCCUUGCCUGAAAACCUUGUAAAAACAAAUAAAGUCAAAUUGAUACAGCACUCCAAAGAAGUGCAGACCAACUCCAAACGUGCCAACUCCAGGAAGUCCUCUCCAGCAAGCAGCUGUGUCACAGAAAAUGAAAAUAUUGUGCAAAAAAUUGAACCAAGCACUCACAAACCUGUUCCUAAAGUCUCCAAGUCUCAACAAACUUUUUCUGCAUUCCAUUCAGCAGACAUGCUUGGUAAUCCUCCUAGUAGAGAAGUUGAUGAUGGUGAGGUGUUUGAUGACUUAUUCUCGCCAGCCAACAACGCCCCCAAACAGAGUGUUGUUUUAUGUGGCUCAACCUUAGAAGCGGUGCGCCUGUCCCCUUUUGACCUGGUGGAUUCCAACAAGAAGAGAAAGGGUGGCAGAAAGCGGAAACACGAAAAUAUUGAACUUAAAGACAUAAUAAUUGGCUCAUCAGGAGAUAAAAUAGAGGAAACAUCCAUCGUCCCAGAGACGCCCGAAUCAAGGCCUCAACGUUUGUGUGUGGGGAUGCCUGAGGUACCAGAGACGCCCAGGGUUGUAGAAACAAAACAUGAGCCAUUGCAAAAGAAACAAAGAGGACGAACCAGACUUAGCUCUGUUCUCUCUGAAGGGGAAGAUGGUAAAAGCUCAGUUAAGCCAAGUCCUGCUGAUGAAAAGAAGGUACCGAUAGCUGCCUCUCUGGCGUCAUCCACAGCGGUUAACGUCAAGUUGCAAAUACAGAAGGAUCUCGAGACGGACCCUAAACAUGUUGUAGGCAAAGAAAAUAGAAGCACAACUGAUGGGCUCAAUGAGAGAAGUUCUGAAAUGUGUACCAAAUGGGCAACUAUGAAAAAGGACAGAUACAUGAAGAAAUAUAGAUCCUUGGUAAUGACAAGCAUGCCCACUGAGAAGCAGGAGGUCGUCUUCCAGUUGGUCAGGACUCUGGGUGGCUUUACAGUGGUAGAUAACGUGUGUGAAAGCACCACUCAUGUGGUGUCCGGCAGCCCACGACGGACCCUUAAUGUCCUGCUGGGCAUCGCACGAGGCUGCUGGAUCCUCUCCUUUGAAUGGAUCUUGUGGUGUUUGGAGCACAGGCAGUGGGUUCCUGAGGAACCUUAUGAGCUUUCGGAUCAUUUCCCUGCUGCGCCUAUAUGCCGUCUGCAGCAGCAUCUGUCCGCUGGGGAGCAUCAGCAGGACCUGUUCCAGGAUCAGCCGCUCAUGUUUGUGUCCCCACACUCCCAGCCCCCCUGCAGCAGCCUGACUGAACUCAUUCAGCUGUGUGGAGGAACCGUGUGCCGCAGUGUGCGACAGGCAGGGAUCUGUAUCGGAGAGUAUAAGGGCAAGAAACCAGAUGGGAGCCGCAGUCUGUCUGAACAGUGGGUUUUAGAUUCUGUCACACAUCUCACACUAGUCCCAUAUGAAAAUUAUAUUUUGGAAUGAAGAUCCUUGGAAUGUGCCACUCGUUUAUUUGCAAGAACUGGCUGUGAUUUUGUUUUUAAUUACUGUCAAAUAUUUGGAUUGUAUUAUGUAUUUGGCAGUUUAAAAGUAGUGUAGUUUUUGUAAUUGUCACGUUGUUUUUAUGAGCUGUCUUUUAUGUUCUUGUGCUUGUUUGUAACAGGUCAUUUAAUAAAACUGGCUAUACGAACUGUGAAACGUACUUUAAGUAAACUGCAUUAUGCUAUUGGAUUGUAAACUGUGAAAAGCAUGAUACGGUCAUUUUUAUAGACAUUAGAUCUCAACAAAGAGAUUGUGACGUUACCAUGAUUUCAGAACUGUUAAUGAGGCAUCACUGACAAUAAAAAUCUGAUUAACUUGACUGUGAAAAAUCCCACUUUGAUAAACAACGAUUUUACAUGUAUGCAACAUACUCAUGGUCACCUUCACAUUCCACUGGAGUGAAAUGAGCCAAUGCAUCGUUCUUUUAAUGAUUCGUUUGAACCAAUUCGAAAGUUUUUGUCAAUCAGUGCACUAUAAGGGAGGACACUGGGCAUUAUUAGACAUUAUAACUAUUAGAAUUCUUCUGAAAGUCUCCAUUUGUGUUCUGCAGAAGAAAGUAAGUCAUACACAUCUGAGAUGGCAUGAGGGUGAGUAAAUGAUGAGAACAUUUUCAUUUUUGGGUGAACUAUUCCUUUAAGGCUAAUUCACACUGCCCAACAAACUGGUCAUUGUGUUCACCCUGAUGGCCCGGUUUGAUCGCCAGUUGCAAAGAAAUAUGUUCUUUAAUUGUAAUCUUGACCAACUGUUUUGGAGAUUUCGGUCUUUCCCCAUUCAAGUAGAUAGGAGCUGCACUUGGAUGCCACUUGUUUACAUAGAAAAAUAGCUGCCCGAAAGCGUUCUAAAGAUGGCGCGAGUGGACUGACUUGCUAAAAAGACUUUGAUCCAACUGGUAAAUUUACAAAGUUAGAGUUUGUUGGGGCAGUGUGAAUUUGCCUUUAGACCCAAUGGACCUUUUUCACAUAUUCCAGGUUAAUAUAUUACAAAGUAAAAGAUAAUAAAUUUACACUAAAUAAUUCAAAAAUUGCAAAUAUAAAAAAUGUUUGCUAGAUUUAUGCCGUUUUAAAUAAGGCGGAAAUGCAUCAUCACAGUUUGUGAAAAGGGUCCAUUGACCCGCAGCUGCUGAUGGUGGAUUUGAACUUUUCACAAAGAAAUCACACAAACUCCAACUGCAAACGUCUGUUUUUAAUUUCCAAAAUGCAACAACACACAAACAAUUAUAAUUUUUCAUGUAUUUAUUGAACACAUCCCAUUAAACAUUCACAGUGCUGUGGAAAAAUUAAGUGAACCCUUGGAUUUAAUAACUGGUUGAACCUCCUUUGGCAGCAUUAACCUCAACCAAGCGUUUCCGGUAGCUGCGGAUUAGACCUGCACAACGUUCAGAAGGAAUUUUGGACCAUUCUUCCUUACAGAACUCCUUCAGCUCAGUAAUAUUCUUAGGAUGUCUAGUGCGAACGGCUCUCUUGAGGUGAUUUCACAGCAUCUGUAGCUCUGACUGGGGCACUCCAAAAGGUGGAUUUUCUUUUUUUUUAAGCCAUUCUGUAGUGGAAUUACUUUGAUGUUUAGGGUCGUUCACUUGCUGCAUCACCCAACUUCUACUGAGCUUCAACUGGUGCACAGCCACCCUGACAUUAUCUUGUAGGAUCUAUUGAUAAACUUGGGAAUUCAUUUUUCCCUCAAUGAUGGCAUGCAGUCCAGGCCCCAAAGCAACUCCAAUUCAUGAUAACUCCACCGUACUUCACCAUUGGGAUGAUGUUUUCAUUUUGCAUGUGGCACACUUUUUACGCCAUACGUGCUGAGUGUUCUUCCCAAACAGUUCAACCUUAGUUUCAUCAGUCCACAAACAUUUUUCCCAGUAGCUUUGUGGAGUGUCAUGGUGGUCUUUGGCAAACUUCAGACAUGCAGCAAUGUUUUUGUUGGAAAGCAGCAUGCCAAUUUAACGUUUUCUGUAUAGUAGACUCAUGAACAGAGAUGUUAACCAGUUCCAAUGAUUCCUUCAAGUCUUUAUCUGUUAUUCUAGGGUACUUUUUGACCUCAAUGAGCAUCCUGCGGUAUGCCCUUUGAGUCAUCUUGGCUGGAAAGCCAUUUCUAGAGAGAGUAGCCACAGUACUAAAUUGUCUCCAUUUAUAGACAUUUUGUCUAACUGGGGACAGAUGAAUAUCUAAGCUCUUCGAGAUAACUUUGUAACCAUUUCCAGCAUUAUGCAAAGCAACAGUUCUUGAUCACAGGUCUUCUGAGAUCUCUUUUUUUCAAGGCAUGGUCCACAUCAGCAGAUGCUUCUUGUGAAUAGCAAAAUGUUCAAGUGAUUUUUGUAAGUCAAGUAGCUCUAACCCACACCUCCAGUCUCGUUUCAUUUAUUGGAUGCCAGAUUUGCCAACUCCUGACUCUAAUUAGCUUUUCUUGACAUCAUUAGCCUAGGGGACCACAUACUUUUUCCAACCUACAUUGUGAAUGUUUGAAUUAUGUAUUCAAUAUGUACAAAAACAAUACAAUAAUUUGUGUGUUACUAGUUAAAACAGAUUGUGUUUGUUCAUUAUUGUAACUGAAAUGAUAAAACUUUUUACUCUUGCCACUGUACAGAUAAUGUCAUACUGCUAAAAGAAUGUCUUUGCAUUUAUUUUGAAUGCAGAAAGUAACAUUGUUAAAUUGAAAAUGCCUGUUAUAAAUUUUGAACAAUGAAUAUGAUAUUGAAGUCCAUAUGCUCAGAAAUGGCCAGCCCAGCUAAUAUUAGCUACCCCACAAUGUGCAUUUUAGGGCCAUAUUCUGAUCAGAUAAUGCUGAAUGAUACAAAUCAGGACGCGACCAUGGAUGGAUACAGUGUUUUGCGGGAUGCAUCCUUCUGUUUCCCCUUUCGUAAGUUCGGUGUCACUAAAGAGAGAGAUGCUGUCUUAAAUCGUGUCAUACAUCUCUUAUUUACAUCUAUUACGUCUUUUCCAGUGCUGCAAUAGUUUGUUGUUUAUUAAAAUACUUUGUUUUCUAUCUAUCUAUCAUUUCUGUAUUACCUAAAUGGCACAGUGU